AUCUGGCAACCUAUUAGUUUCUAAUCAUAUGUUAUUGCUUACAUGAAACUUUAGAUAUAAGUUUAUUUAGACUUUAGCCAAAAUUUACAACAUAUAACAAUGUAUAGCCUCAAGGAGGUGCUCCGGGCUCUUAACUGUCGAACGAGACCAGCUCUCAUUUGCCGGCGUAACAUUUCGGAGGAGGCUCCCAAGCAGGAUAGUCCAUUUAAAUGGCGAAAACCAAUCGGCCAGCACACAGGAAUCAAUAUAUACAAUCACGGUUUGCGGCAAAAGGUACCUCUAAUCCUACGCAAUCCCCAAAUGGUCACCUGGUACACUUGCGGACCCACUGUUUACGACUCCGCGCACCUUGGUCAUGCCAGCACCUACGUCAAGGUAGACAUCCUGCAGCGCAUUCUCCGCGAUUACUUUAAAAUCAAUCUGGUGACAGCCAUGAACAUCACGGAUGUUGACGACAAGAUUAUUAAGCGAGCCCAGCUCGCUGGACUUGACUGGCAGAAGAUGGCGCGAGCUUACGAAGCGGAAUUCCGGCAGGACAUGUUGCGUCUCAAUGUUCAGGCGGCUGAUGUGCGCAGUCAUGUAACCACCACCAUGCCUGUCAUUAUUCAGUUCAUCCAGCAGCUGAUAGCCGAAAAACAGGCUUACGUUACCCCGGAUAACUCUGUUUACUUUGAUGUCUCCAAAAGCAAGAACUAUGGAAAGCUUCAAAACUUAGGCCUAAGCGAGGACAAAUUGGACCCCAUCAAAAGAAACACUGCCGACUUUGCCUUGUGGAAGGCGCGUAAAAGUGGCAGUGAGCCCACGUGGGCUGCACCCUGGGGUGGCGAGGGACGCCCCGGUUGGCACAUCGAAUGCAGCGCCAUUGCAGGUCUAUUCUUUGGCCGCCAGUUGGAUAUUCAUGCCGGCGGCUUGGACUUGCGUUUUCCGCACCACGAAAACGAGGAGGCGCAGUGCUGUGCACGGUAUAAAACUGACCAGUGGGUAAACUAUUGGCUGCACACCGGACAACUUCAUAUGGUUGGAGAUGCGCAGAAGAUGUCAAAGUCCCUGGGCAACACGAUCUCAGUGUCGGAGCUGCUGAAAAAGUAUACCGCCGAUGAGUUUCGAAUGGCCUGCCUGCUGUCCAAUUACCGCAAUGCAAUGCCUUAUAGCGAUCAGUUAAUGCUGACGGCUCGCCAGACCCUGCAGCGGUUCAAAAACUUUCAGGCGGAUCUAAGUGCCUAUACCCAAUUCCUGAAGCCUGUGCACUUGUUGGACGAGGGAGCGUUAAAGGCCCAACUGACUCAUACAGUUACCGAAUUCGAUAAUUGCCUUCGAGAUGACUUUGAUACCGCCAGAGCCAUCAGCGUGCUAAUGGAUCAGAUGAGCAGCAUAAGUCGCUGCAUAAAUGAGCAGCAAGUGGACGCGCAGGAGGAACCCGCCUAUUGCAUUGAUCUGCUGUUGGCAGCUGGAAACUUCAUAAACCGUGGCAUAGUCACGUUUGGUCUAUCGGAGUUGCAGGAUAGAGAAUCGUUGCAGGAAAAGGUUUCCUUUACGGAUCAUAGCAUUGAUCCCAAUUUGCUUGUGAAUGAUGUGAUAAACGUUCGGGGGAGAAUGCGGGAAAGGGCCACCUCCGGAAAUGUAAAGAACCCACAGCUUUUAGCUGCCUGUGAUGAACUGCGGAGCCUGCUACAACAGCACGGCAUUCAGGUCCGCGACCACAAGCAGGGCAGCUCCUGGGUGUUUGCCGUGUCCUGUGAAAAGCCAGAUGAUAAGAGCAAAAGUUCUGCCGAAUAAAAGUUAAUAUAUUA